GAGGAUGCAGCAACAGCCACAGUCCGGCGAACAGUCCGGGGCGCCGAACGGGGUUGCAGGUGGUGGGCAAUUGCCGCAAACAGGUGGCAUAAGCUCGUCCCAACCUGGAGCGACAGGUACCGCCACGGCGGGGUCCAAUCGCGCCCAGGUGAACGGCGGCAGAUUCGAUUUCGACGAUGGCGGCACCUACUGCGGCGGUUGGGAGGAUGGGAAGGCUCACGGGCACGGGGUCUGCACCGGGCCGAAGGGCCAAGGCGCGUACUCGGGAAGCUGGCACUACGGGUUCGAGGUCUCCGGUGUCUACACCUGGCCUAGCGGAUCGGUUUACGAAGGCCAGUGGCAGAAUGGAAAGCGGCACGGACUGGGCAUGGAGACCCGUGGACGAUGGAUAUACAGGGGCGAGUGGUCGCAAGGAUUCAAGGGUCGAUACGGCGUCAGGCAAUCGACCACGUCCACGGCGAGGUACGAGGGAACGUGGUCGAGCGGUCUUCAGGAUGGAUACGGUUCAGAGACCUACGCCGACAGUGGCACGUAUCAAGGUCAAUGGUACCACGGGAUGAGGCACGGGUACGGAGUGAGGGCGAGCGCCCCCUUCGGCUUGGCGAGCCAUUACAAACCCUCGAAGCAAGUCAGGGCUUCCUUGACGUCCCUGAGGAGCGCGGACGAUGGUGGGGCGGUGGCACCGACGCCGGAACCGACCGACAGAAGGGAUCGCCGCGUCGGCGACAGUAGGGGUGGUUUCGUGCUCAAAGCAAGGAGCGACAACCCGCCGGCGAGGAGGAAGAGCCUCACGGAGAAAUCGUUGAAGAAGGGUAUCCUUUCGGGGUUGAAGAUACGAAAGCAGAGGAGUACGGGCGAUUUGGAGAAGCACGGAACCGGGGGCAGCAUCAGAAGCAAUGCGAGCUCGGCUUCGUGGAUGUCCACGGAGAGCUCGCAGAGUCAGGCCUCGGCCUCCGUUCAUACCGACAGCAACGCGUCCUUCGUCAUCGAGGACGAGCAAAUGGACGCCUCGGUGACAGAGACGUAUCUGGGGGAGUGGAAGAACGACAAGAGGACAGGUUUCGGUAUAUCGGAGCGGAGCGACGGGCUUCGAUACGAGGGCGAGUGGUUCAACAACCGGAAGUACGGUUACGGGGUGACGACGUUCCGGGACGGGAGCAAGGAGGAGGGCAAGUACAAGAACAACGUGUUGAUCACCAGCCAGAAGAAGAAGCAUCUGUUCCUUAUCAGAUCGGCCAAGUUCCGCGAGAGGAUAGAGGCGGCGGUGAGCGCGGCUCAAAGGGCGAGCAAGAUAGCUCUUCAGAAGGCGGAUAUCGCGAUAUCGAGAACGGCGACAGCGCGUGGAAGGGCCGAGUUGGCCGACACGGCAGCCGAGCAGGCGAGAGAGGACUCGGAGUUGGCCCAGCAGACGGCGAAACAGUUCGCGCCCGAUUUCAGGCAGCCGGGCCUCGAGAGGUUGAGGAACAGGGAGAUACCCAAGUACGUGCCACCGCCUCAGGACACGGUACCCGGGAAGAGUAUUCUUCACAAGGGGGGUGGGGUGGUGGAGCAGCAGCAGCAGCAGCAGCAACAGGGAUCCACGCCCGUCAAGAGCCCGUCCUCGUCUCAGGAGGGGGCGUCGUCGGCAACGACCACGGCCAGCAACGUGAUGCAGUCGAUCAGGAGGGCGAGCAUGAAGCCGCAGGGCCAACAACAAUUGUUGGCCAAUCAGUUGCCGGCCCAACAGAAGAAUCAGAUCGGGCAGAAUCAAUUGCCGCAGAACCAGUUGUCGCAGACCGAGCUCGCGAAUCAGGUGACCCCUGCUCAACUGAUCAACCAGCUGCCCCUCGAUCAGUUGAGCCAGAGCGUUUACCAGUACGGCCCCCAGCCGAUGGUUCAGAGCCCUGUCCAACAGGCCUAUCCCAACAGUAUACCGAAUCAGUAUCAGCCGAUCAACCAGUUCCAAGGGGGGGGCCAAUACGGGGGGGUCCCUUCGCAGUAUCCCGUUCAGGGUAGCCCUUACACCAAUCAACCUCAAUACCAACCCGUGAAUCCGCUUCAGGGCGAUCAGUAUUUGUACCAGCAAUCGAUCGGUCAACAAGGGUCGUAUCAGAACGUGCAACAAGCUUAUCCUAGUCAGCAGCAGACGUUGCCGAAUCAAUACGGGCAACAAAGCCAGACGAAUCAGUACAACUCCCAGCAAGUUUACGGGCAACAGCAGCAAUUAACUGGCCAACCGCAAACCCAAAUUCCGCAACAAUAUGGCCAACAGGCCGACGGCGAGGCACCACGGCCGCCAAGCUCCACUAGUAUACGAAGGAAUAGCAGGCUCCUAACGGCGCAGGAUCGACCCAACACGAUUGGGCAAACGUUAAACGACAGGCUGGACCAUUACAAGAGGCCGCCCAGCCGUGACAGUUCCGUGGAUCGUUACGCCAGAGCGCAUUCCCGAUUGACUGGAUCGAGACAGCCGUCCGUCGAUAAAACAGUCACGAAUCCGGACACGCUCGACAGAUCGACGAGAGCGCCAAGCGCGAUCCGAUCGAGCACGCCGCUCAACGGAUCCGUAGUGGGCAGCGGUGCAGCGACGCCGACGUACGCUUCCUCGAGUUCCGCCCAAUUCGAGGGGGCCUUGCUGAGGAAUCGCAGCCUUGGACAGGAUAUUCUCCCGAGUCCUGGCCAGCCUAAGCGUACGGAGAGCCUGUACGUCACACCCGGACGCGGUUCGACCGCAUCCGGUGGCGGAGGCGGCGGAGGCGGCUUGUCGAAGGCGAUGCCCGCGGCGGCAGUUUCCCUUCAACGAAAGAAAUCACUGCCGGAUGUGGCUCAACCCAUUCAGUUGACGGCCACGGCACCGCUAUCCAGGGAGGAAGUCAGUGUCCUGAGCAGCAUGAGGAGGGAGGAGAUCCGCAGGCAGAUCGACGAGAGCGAAAGACUCAGGGCCAAUCCUCUGUUGUACUUGGUCAGUCCUCAAGUUAAAGACUGGUUCUUCCGGCAGCAGCUCGUGAUGCUGGUGCUGUUCAUCAACAUAUCCUUAGCCCUGAUGUUCUUCAAACUGCUGACGUAGCAGCCAGCCGACGAUUGGGUUCACGGGCUCGUGGUGGACGUGACCUGAGACGCGGGCGCGUCACGACGCCCGAGUCGUCACCGAGUACCAGGAUUUAAAACGAUUUAAAAAGAGGCCGCGAGAUCGAGUGGCCUCCGGAUAAAAUCACGAAUAAAAACCGUUGAAAACGGCUUUCGAGCGAUCCAACUCCGUUCCACGGUGGCAAGGUUGGAUGAAACAGAGAGAAAGAGAGAGAAAGAGAGAGAGAGAGAGAGAGAGAGAGAGAGAGAGAGAGAGCGCUUGGGACCUCGAGGAGAGAGAAUUGAAUUUGGAGAAGUUGAAGAAGAAUGUUUUUUUUCUCUCUCUCUCUCGAGAAUCUUCGCCUCAUUAUAUUGGACGAUCGACGAAAAGAGGAUGGAUGUUUGGGAUAUACAGGGGCGAGUGUAUUAUUAUUAUUAUUCUCCGCGGAUUCGAUGCGAUUUUUGGAUUUUACAUUUCCAAUUUGCGGGGAUCGGAGGGAUGAAGCUUAGUGAUUUAUGGGUGAUGAGCGACGAAGGAGGGAGGAAGGCUCGUUGUUUCUCAGACGGGGUAUCAAAGUCGCCUAGAUACCCUGGCGCCUGUAUCAUACAUAUUUUUACACCGAAUAUUUUAAUAAUAAUAAUAUUAAUAUUUGUAAGGGAUGGGCCCCGAAGAGAAAAGGGUCCAUACCCUAGGAAAAAAAAAGAAAAAAAGAAACACGGUGCGCACACACGAAUCUCUCUACACUUUUCCCGUUCUUUCUCGGCGAUCGGCUCGAGCGCGGACACUUGAACGACUUUUAUACAAAAAAAAAAUCUAUAUAUGUAUAUAUAUAGAGAGAGAGCAGCUAGAGUAGCGUGAAACCAUUUUUUUGUCCGGUAUAUAUAUAUAUAUAUAUAUACAUAUAUAUCUUCUCGAAAAUGGUGGCCGAGGAUAUUUUUCAAAAUCGGGUUUUUUGCCACUCGAUCGAAGGAGUUGAACACAUUUCGACGAGAUAGAUAGAUUCGCGAGCGUGGCAGAAAGGAAAAGAUGUGAGAGCAAUGACGACGAGGAUUUAGGAUUUCUAUAUAUAUACAAUUGUUACGAUUUCUACGAAUUUGAUAGGCGCGAAUGGCGAAUUUGUGAUUGCGUUGUUGCACGGUUAAAACGUUUAACACUCGUGUGUAACUCAUGUCUUAUUAUCGACGUGUCCACGUAAAUUGUAUGGAUGUUGUGCGAUAUAACGUAGUUUUUAAUCGUGUGAACCGCUUCGCGCGCGAAGCAUAUUUUACGUGUAGCCUUGCCUUCCACGUAAAAUUGUAAAUAAGACACGUUUCCUCUGAUUUUUAUAUACACGUUUUGGAUCGAGUCGAGAGUGUGCGUUUGUCGAUCGUGGUCGAGAACGUUUUGUUACUCGAUCGCGCGAAAUUGUGCGAUGAUGAGGGGGAAAAAAUAAAAAAAAAAAUAUAUAUAUAUAUCAACUUUGUAACGUGACAACGGAUAUUUCUACGAAACGCGUUGUUCAACCGACCGACGUUAUAAUAGGUAAUUAGGGUUUAAGAGGGAAAAGAAAAGAAAAGAAAAAAGGAAGAGGAAGGAUGGAAUGACUCGAACGGUUAAAAAUCUAUGAAGAAAGAAACGAGAGAAACUCGUUAUCGCGAGACGCUUGAGAAUCGUAAAAUUUAUUAUUAACUUGGAUGGAGAAACUUGUCGAUAAUCGAUCUUUUUCCACGGUUCAAAAAAGUUAUACGCCGUAUACCACGUUAAUAUAUACACGCAUACUAAUAUAAUGUAAUUGUCUCGAAUCGCGCGAUAUUUCGCGAUUAAUGCAUAAUUCAUCGAUUAAGAGACGUUUGUUUCGUCGAUAUACGCGCGUUUCUUCGUUGGACAAAACGAAAUUUUUACAAAGAAAGAUUGUUUGUAUACAUUUUUGCGCAUCGUUCGCUUCUGGGAUCCUAUUUGAUAAAACAAAACAAAUAGAAAAAAGAAAAAAAAAAAGAAGAGAGAUAAAAUUGUCUUUAACGCGACGUAAUAAACGUAAUAAUAAUCGAGUAUAUUUGAUAUUUUUCAUGAUGAUGAUACGAAGGUCGAUUUACAAAUCUCGAGGAUCGUACUACCUGCGCUCGAGCGAUCGCAUUUUUUCUAGCCUCAGGCAAUAUAGCUUGUACAUCUAGAUGAAUUUGUAAAUAAAAAAAAAAAAGAAAGAGAAGAAGAAGAAGAAGAAAAGAGCAUUGUAUAUAUAUAUAUGUAUAUAUAUAUAUAUAUGUCGCGAUCGUCACAAUUGAAUGAAAACAAUCUAGAAGAGAGAAAAAAAAAAGAAAAAAAAAAAAAUCCUCUUGGCUCGCGCCCCCUUCGAUGCGUUGUACGUUCGAAGUUAGGACAGGGCGAUCGACACACCGUUUCGAAGAGCUAUUUUUCCAAAGAAGAAGAAAAGACUCGAUAUUUUCAUCCUACGCUACGAUUAAUACAUACACGUAUAUAUUUUCCUCUUUGUACCUACACGCUAGCACUCUCAUCUCGAGAUAUUUACUCGGCGGCAAAUGAUUAGGAUGAAAAUAGGGGAAAAAAAAAAAAAAAAAAAAAAAAGAAAGAAAGAAAGAAAACGCGCUCGUUUGCGCGCGUUUUGAAUUUUUGUGCGAAUCGAAAUAUUUACUUACUUUAUACAUCGAUAUACCCUAGCCACCUUGUCCCGUCUCGACUAAAUUCGUAUUGUACGCAAAUCGUUCGAAAACGUUAUUCAAGUUGUUAAAGAGUUGGAGAGGAUUGGAAGGGGGAAUAGGGUGGCGGGGGGUAUCUUAGAAACGAAUUAAAUGAAAAUUUAUAUGAAUUAUGAACGGAUCGAACGUGUUUUUUUUUUUUUUUUUGUUACGAAGAUCGUUCGUAAAUAAAAUAAAUAAAAUUGAACGCUGUAUUGGUAACGCGAUUUGACGGUUUGUGCUCGUCGUCGCGAAAACAUGUAUUGUAUAUAUAUAGUGCAACUAUAUACAUAUAUAUAUAUGAAUCGAUUAAUUAGUACCGCAAAGAGGUACAGCUCUAAAAUUUGAUAAACGAAUUUGAGAGAGAGAGAGAGAAAGAGAGAAUGAGAGAGAAUGCGUGCGAAAGAAAAUGCGUGUGAGUGAGAAAAUGAGAGGGAGAAAUGAACGUGACAUUUAACAGAGGAGAAGAGAGGAGAGGAUAAUCUGUAAGAGACGAACCUAACCUCUACGCGCGUUAAUCAUUAAUCAUUUUACGCCACGAGAAUCAUAUCACGAAUCAAAGGCAGCAGCAGCAAAACAUUUCUAAUAAUGCAUAGGGAUUAGGUGUAUGUAUCAUUCUAAAAUCGAAAAAAAUGAAUAUUGAUUUUGAUUGCCACGCGAGACGAGAAAUCUACGAAACGACCAUAUAUUGUAUAUUUUACUUGUUAUCUCUUAACUUUAUUAUCAACACAGUUUAGCAUAUCUCGUUAUUAUUGUAUAUUAUCAUUAUUAUUAUCGCUAUUAUUAAUUGUCAUUAAUUAUUAUUAUUAUUAUUAU